GGCUGAAUGGUCUAGCGGUAUGAUUCUCGCUUUGGGUUCUACACCACAACUGCGAGAGGCCCCGGGUUCAAUCCCCGGUUCAGCCCAUUUUUUUGGUUUUUUUGCUCUUUGGUUACACAAAUACCUAGGGGGAAUGCUGGACUUUUAUUUUGCUGGCGGGCUUGCAUGGCUCUCAGUUGAAAAAGGAUAAAACGCUGCUUAUACAUUUGGUUAAAAGAACACAAUGAAUUGUUGACAGAUUUGACUUACAAUAGGUACCUAGGUACCUGGAUACUUUAAAUACCAGUUUAACGUCGAGC